CAAAAUUAUUAUAACCUUCAGCCCACCUCAAUCCAAUUCUUUCAAUGUUUGACCCAUCAGAGAACCGACCCAACCCCUUGAUCCCUAUGUUUAUCUUCUUCGUGACCAAACGCAAAUCCAGAAAUACACAGCAAAGCUCACUCCAUCCACGAAAUCAUCCCAGAAAGAGGGCCACGACUCUGACAGCCACAGAGCAUGCGGCGAAGCGACAACCCAUCACCAUCGCCGUUUCCUUUCUCCCCUUUUCAGGGAUUUCCCAUCUCUGCGUCGAAAAGGGGCAUAUGAAUUCAAAUUUCCCAAAGUUCGAUCGAAUUUUUGCCUUUUAUAAAUACUUUGUUGUCAUCACUGUUAGAAAGGGGAUAGAGAAGAAACAGAAAAAAAAAAGAGAGAGGAAAUUGGUGGAGAGAAAUGGUGGAGGGGGGAAACAAAGGGGGAUAAAAUAUUCUCCCUUUGUUUCUAAGUUUCGAGGCAGUAGCCGCUUAGAUUUUCUUGGUUUGCUGUUCCUAUUUGAAUUUUGUGGAAGAAGAAUCGUUGUACUCUCAAGCUCGUCGUCCCAGAACGCUGCUCCAAAGAAGGGAAACUAAGUGAUCAUUACAGUUCGUGAUUUUGGCAAAAACUUUAAGUGGUUGUGCAGGAUCUUGAUCUUAGAGUUCAAGGUUUUGAAGAGUCGCUUUGGAGAAGAUAAAGAGUUUGAACAUGCAUUGACAUGAAAUUGAGUAUAAGUUGGGCACGUGGAGAUUGUCUGUGCUGGGGAUGGUGAGAUGUUAAGAUUGUAAUUUGGGAACGUGGAUACUUUUGUGUGGAAAUUGUUUAAUUUUAUGAUAGUGCGUUGAGAUCGUCUGCACAGACACGUGAAGAUCAUCUGUGUCGGUAUAUGGACCUCGCGAGUCCCCCAUAGUUCAUGAACUCUCGAUGUAUUUUUGAAGAGUAUCAUGUAUAUACGAUUGAAUGAGAUAUAGUGGGUACACGUGGUUUCGUACUCAUACUACACUAGUUGCACUCUUUGUGGUGCAGAUUCGAUUCUGAGUAGGAGCACAUCUCGUGGAGCAUUUUGAGUCCAAGUUGGAGUGUAUUGGAGUUGUGGUGAGCUGCUUGGCUAAUAUGUGGCCCACACCUCCCUCUAUCUUUUACUUAUUCUCUUAUUUUAGUAUUCAAACAGGAUAUCCCUUAUGUUAGAUUUGUCAUUUUAGUUUCAGACUUGCAUCAUAUUUUAGAAGCUCUUGUACUUAUGACACCAAUUCUUGGAUGGUAUUUAAUUUUCUGCAGUACGUACUUAUAAGGAGCUUUAUGUUGGAGAUUUUCACUUAGGGUUAAGAAAAAAUUUCUCACUAUUUAGUUAAAAUUGGUAAAAUAUGUUGGGUUUGUUUACCUAUCGUUUGGGAACAUAGAUGCCAUCACGACUUGUGAAUUUGGGUCGUGAUAAUUUGGUAUCAGAGCCCUAGGUUCAUCGAUCUCACGAGUACAAGAGCAAUGUCUAGUAGAGUAUUGCGGAUUGGUGUGAAGACGUCCAUACCUAUCUUCGAGAGGGUAUAGGACAUUUAGGAAAUAUUCUGUUCUUUCAUUCACUAUCGUGCACACUUGACUUUGUUGAAAUUCUAAUAGUGAUAUCUCAUUCUUUUAGAUGGUGAGGACUCGAACAUCGGCAAGUAGUGGUUAGGAUCCUAUUUCUGCGCCUGCUUCUGGGAAAACUAUCUGAGGUAGAGGCAAGGGACGAGCUCGAGCUCGAGGUCAGGGUAGGGGACGUAUUGCAGCAUUUGUGGAAGGUCAAAUACAAACAGCUACCUAGGGUCGUGAUAGGACCGUACCUCCUGAUGUAGAGGUUAUUCAUGGGGAUGUGCAAGAUUGUGUCGAGGGGGAUGAGCCAGCUCAGGCUCCACCCAGUACUAUUGUUACCCCAGUGCUUCAAGAUACCUUGAAUCAUAUGUUAGGACUCCUAGAGGGGAUGGCUCAGGCAGAAGCUUUGCAAGUCACUUUUGAUAGCUCACAGACCCGUGUUAGAGGUUAGACUCCAGAUCCAAUAGUUGCUCCAGUUUCUCAGACUCCCAGGACUCAACCAGAUGUUGUUGUAGCCCCUCGUUUGGAUAGUAUGGAGUUUCAAGAUAAUGCAUCAUAUUUCACGAACAUGCCUUCUAUGACCAUUGAUGAGCAAAAGAUGUUUGGGAGGUUCAAACUAAUGAAUCCUCCUACUUAUACUGGUGACUUAAUAGAGGAUGCAUAUGAAUUUAUAGUUAGUUGUCAUGAGAGGUUGCAUAAUCUUGGACUAGUGGAGUCUCAUGGAGUUGACUACACAACGUUUCAGAUGACUGGUUCUGCCAAGCAGUGGUGGAGGGAUUAUAUUAGUAGUAGGCUAGUGGGAUCCCCUCCACUAUCCUAGACUCAGUUUACACAGGUAUUUCUAUCCAAAUUUGUUCCACGUUGUGAGAGGGAGCGCAAGAGGGCCGAGUUUGAGGGUUUGCAACAAGGUGGUAUUUCAGUUGCAGAGUAUUAGGGUAAAUUUCAUGACUUGGCUAUGCAUGCUUCGAUGCAUUCGUCAGGUUGCUGCUUCUGGUGUUUCGUUCCAGAAAGUGGUAGAUGCUGCUAAGAAGUUAGAGAUGAUUCGAUGUGAGGUAUUUGAGCAGCGUGAGAGCAAGAGGACCCAUUCUUCAGGUGAUUAUGAUGGUGAUCCUCCUAGGAGUCGAGGUUAUGUAGAGAGAGGUUAUCACUCUCAGUCCAGCAGACCCAUUCAUGCUGCUAUACCUGCGUCUGAGGCUUGUUACGCUGGGCAUAGUUCUUCGAGCUCAGUGCAUACUUCACAAGGUUCAUCUUCUAGACGUAUAGUUCGUGGAGGUCAUUCAGGUUCCUCUCAUCAGCCUGCGUCUCGUAGGGGCUGUUUUGAGUGCGGUGAUAUGGGACAUUUUGUGAGAGACUGCCCUAGGACCAUACGAUGUGGCUUACAUCAGGGUUCUCAGGCUUCAACUUUCAAGGCUACACAACGUCCAGCUAGGGGUGGUGCACAGAGUGGUAGAGGAUUUUCUCAUUCAGAUAGAAGUGGUUCUCCUUCUGGUCGAGGUGGUGGUCAUGGAGGUUCACAAUCUGAGGGUGGUCGUUCUCAUUGUUAUGCUUUUUCGGGAAAUCUGUCCAAAGAUGAAUGCGGAGGUUUUUGAGCGAAGAAAUGCAGAAG